AUGGCAACACAAUUUGAACAAAAACGUAGAAUUAUAGCACUUGCAAUUAUUGCAAGUGAUAAAUUAUUAAUGGAUGUCAUGAUGGAUAUAGAUAGCAAAGAAAGUGAUAAUAGUGACAACGAAGAAAUAGCUGAAAUGGAAUUAAGAAGAAGAAUAAAUGUUCUUGGUCGUCAAUUCGACCCUCGAGAUCUCAGAUACGCGGCUAAUCACACGUUGGAUCUGUUCAACGAGGUAGCGACCAUCGCGAGACCGCCGCUCGAACCACCCGGUGGAAGACCGCCUAUUCCGUCCACCGGCUACAUAGUGUCGAUUUUCAAAGUUUUCGAGGGCGACGACGGUCUCAAGUUCGAACAAAACUGGCUCUACUGGACAGAACUUACCGGCACGAUGCGCAACAGUGGACAGGUAUCCUUCAGCGGAAAUCGUACUUCCGGUACCUACACACCUCUCGUGGUUUCCGGCAACAGCCCGCCACGAGGCGAACCAAUCUCUUUGGCCACUUUGGACCGCGACUGCUUUAUUAUACCUCUCGCUUCUCUCGAACGUUUUUUACCAGCCGGUGUACCACACGCUCCUGUCGCUGAUAAGAAGAGACCGGGAAGUCCUCUGUCAGUUCUCGAGGUCGAGGACCCGAAGCAAUGUGUUCUCGCGCAUUUCAUGACGCCACUGGAACCCCUGGAUCCGCUAAUGGAAUCUCCAGUGUCUCGUCCGCUGGUCUUACAACGCGACACCGCCGCGGAGCUAGUCGCCGAGAUAGCACCCUCCGCGUCGCAAAGCAUUUUACUUACGAAUAUGGAGAAGAACACGGACUUCCCGUUCAUCAUGUAUUAUCUAAUAAACAAGCAGAGCACGGGCCCCGUAGAUUUUUACAACGAAGUGCAAUGCGCAGCUCUACGUAAGUUCGACCCUCGAGAUCUCAGAUACGCGGCUAAUCACACGUUGGAUCUGGCCUCUAAACCGCCGUCUACCAUCAAUCUAUGA